AUGCCUGCAGGCAAGACUUUCCGCCGGCGCCGGGCCGACUCGGUCUCGGAGGACAACGAGCAGGGCAUGGAGGAGGUCCGAUUGAAAUUGGAAGAAACCAAAGAAGUUCAGAGCCUGAGAAGGAGGCCCAAUGGAGUCACUGCUGCAGCCUUACUGGUUGGUGAGAAAGUCCAAGAAGAAACGACAGUCGUGGAUGAUCCAUUUAAGAUCAAGACUGGUAUAAUGGUGAACAUGAAGAGGCUGAAGGAGAGAAGCAAGGAUUGGAUUAAUAAAGAGGAAGACCUCAACCUAGGAACAUCUUUUUCUGCAGAAACCAAUUGGAGGGAUGAAGAUGCUGACAUGAUGAAGUACAUUGAAACGGAGCUGAAGAAAAGGAAAGGGAUUGUGGAAAACGAGCAGAAGGUGAAGCUGAAGAACGCAGAGGACUGUCUGUAUGAGCUCCCUGAGAACAUCCGCGUUUCGUCAGCCAAGAAGACCGAAGAGAUGCUGUCCAAUCAGAUGCUGAACGGCAUCCCCGAGGUCGACCUGGGCAUUGAUGCAAAAAUAAAAAAUAUCAUUUCGAAGGAGGACGCCAAGGCCCGCCUGCUAGCCGAGGAGCAGAACAAGAAGAAGGACAGUGAAACGUCCUUCAUCCCGACCAACAUGGCCGUGAAUUACAUGCAGCAUAACCGAUUUUAUCACGAAGAGCUGAAUGCGUCAGUGCGAAGGAACAAAGCGGAACCCAAAGCUCGACCCUUACGUGUGGGAGAUACUGAGAAGCCAGAGCCUGAGCCUUCGGCUCCAAACCAUAAGCGGCCACGUAAUGAGAAAACAACUGACGACUAUCAUUAUGAGACGUUCAAGAGGAUGAACAGAAGAUAUUGA